GCUGCAGGGAGGGACCGCGCUGGAGAUAGGCAGCCCGGCCUCCCAGCAACAACCCCAAACUUUGUUACAACCCGCCGUCGACAAGUAGCAAAUCUGUAAAGUAAGCAAGCAAUUGAUUACAAUAACCAAAACCCGCAUCGAAAUACCUGUUUCUUUGUCGGGAAGAUGCCAAACGGAGCUGGGUCCAAGUCUUCAGCGGCGGCUGCGGCCGGAGUGGGCGACGGCGAGUCUAUUCUCAACGCCAGCAGCAACAAUGUCAACGGCAGCUACUCCAAAGCGCUAAACUCGGGCACGGUGUCGCCGGCAUCGAAGAAGUCGCCUCGCCUGCCCAAGUGUGCCCGGUGCAGGAAUCACGGCUACGUGUCGGCCCUGAAGGGGCACAAGAGGUUCUGCAUGUGGAGAGAGUGCCAGUGCAAGAAAUGCAACUUGAUCGCAGAGAGACAGCGAGUCAUGGCAGCGCAGGUUGCCCUCAGGAGACAGCAGGCUCAAGAGGAGGAACUGGGCAUCAGCCGACCCAUUCCCCUGCCCGGAGCCGCCGAACUGCUCAUCAAGCGUGAGAAUGCAACUCCCAACAGCUCGUGUGCGCUGGGCACCGGGGGAGCGGGCUUGUCGUCGAACCCAACCACACCGGUCACUUCCUCAGAGGGGCGAUUGCAUCUCCAGGAUAUCCCUUCCAUAACCAGCAGAGGGCACCUGGAGGCCACCCCAGACCUGGUAGUGGACUCUUCCUACUACAGCAACUUUUACCAGCCGUCUCUCUAUCCAGCUUACUACAACAAUCUUUACAACUAUCCCCAGUACCAGGUGGCGGUGGCAGGAGAUUCACCUGCUUCUGAUGUAGGUUCAACACUGGGAGGGGCAACAGUGAAAAACAGCCUCCGUGGACUCUCUGCAUCGUUAGUAUCUGGCCAAACAGGAAACCAAUGGCAGAGAAAUGAAAGUGAUGACAAGCAAAUGAAAACUCCAGAGAGCCGGUUUUCGGGCCACAAUGUGACACCUCAGUACAGGAUGCAUUCUUACUACUCUGCUGCCUCUUACCUGGGCCAGGGGCUAAGCACAGCUGCAUGUGUUCCUCAGCUGUUCACACUGGAAGAUGGCUCCUCCUUCUCAGAUGUAAAAUCCAAUGUAUUUUCACCUUCCAAUAGUCAGGACUCAGGUUUGAUCUCUCUGUCCAGCAGUUCCCCUGUCAGCACCGGAAGCAUUAAACAAGAGUGUGAAUCUGUCACCGAGUCUGGCACCUUCUCUGUCGAUUCCAUUAUUGAGAGUGCAGAGUGAGUAAUGACAGUGAUGUUUAAACUGCUGGAUCAUACAAGGCAUGAAUCUGAAACCAGGCCUCUGCUGCAAUGGAAGAAAAGGUUUUUGUUGUAUUUCUUAAACUGUUGUUGGAUAGUUUCAAAAACUACAGUUCAGUAAAUAAUGCCAGAGCAAUUAAUUACUAACCUUUGCCACCCUGACUGAAAGCAUUACUUGAUAGAAUUACAAUAACAUAUCCUGUAGUGUAUUUUUUGCCAGGCUGCAUACAUUGUGCUAUUUUUCUGAAUUAUCACUUUAAAGUUUUAUGGAUCAUAUUCUAUUCUCAAUAAUAGAUAAUCUAAUUAGUAAUUUAACAAUUGGCUAAUCUUCAAAAGUUUGACAAUUCUGGUCCUUUGGUAGAUAGUCCCUGUUCAUUAUCCGCACCGAGAAUUUCUGGUCCCUUGCGUUGCAAGAUACACUCUCUUUAUCAGGACUGAAAGUUUUUCAUACAUAAGCUUUUCAUACAUAGCCUCACAAACAAAGGUCAUGUGAAAUUAUGUAAUCAAAGGUCAUGCGAAAUUAGUCUUGACAUAAAAAAAUCACUGUCAAAUUAGUAAGAACAUAUCACAAAAGUCACUGAUGUUUUAUCGGGAUUUGCCAAGGUUCUUUGGAAAAGAAGCAUAAAGCAACUGAAUUGGUCUGAAAUUUAAGUGCAUGUGCACAUUUAUCGAUCCGUAUUACAUUACAUUCAGGUUUUUUCUUGAUAUUUACUAAAAAUUAAGUUGUGAUAUUGAGAUUUAAGACAAAGCCUAUUGGUCUGAGAUUCAAUUUUUGUAAAAUUUAGUAUACAUGAAAUUCCAAUGUUCUGCUAUUUUAGCAAAAGUAUUAACAUAUUUGCCAUAAAAUAGCUAAGGAAUGCUAAGGUAGGUGUAUAAAUUGGCACAGACACAUGAAUAUGUUUAUUAUAUUCAGACAAUUCAAAUUGUCUGCUGUAAUUAUUUAACAUUCGCCCAAAUAGUUAUGAAAAUUGUAUAGUCUUACCCUUGAUACUUGGUAAUAUUGAGUAUUUCUGCUAUAAUUAAUAACAGUUAAAUCUUUCAAACUAGAGAUAAAGGUAACAAAUAUCUGCCUUUUUAAGUCUUACAUUAAUUUGUGAUUUAAUUUAUUUUUUAAAAUAUAAAAAUGGUCAACUCAACAGAGUAUGGACACCCCCCCCCCAUGUAAACCUCAACACUACCACCCCAGUGGUAAAGAAUAAUAUUCUUCUCAUGAAGCAUUCAUUUACAUUUCAGUUCCAUUCAGUGCUGAAGAUACAGAUGUGAAUGUUUACAAAAGAAAAAAUGAUAAGCAGUAGCCCCACUAACAUCAUGUACGUUCUGAAAAUCAGAUCCUGAAUUUGUACAACAUGGUCUUUUCUCCCCUUCUCUUUACCCAGAAUAAUCAUUAAACAGAGCUAUAGAGUUCAACAUCUCAGAACAGUACUUAAAAACUUUGUAUGCAACCUAAAAUGUUUGUACAAUAAGUUGAAUAUGUAUAGUAUUAUAUUUCAUAUAAUAACUGUAACACAGUCAAAAGCAGAUGCUGACGGUAUGGAAACUUUGUCCUCAUCAGGGUUUUGUCACACACCAGUUUAGGGUGGCAAGUGAAAAUUAAGAAUAUUUCCAGUGUUAUCAUAUAGUGAGUCAUUUUAAUAUUGAACUCGAACUUUAACAUGUUGUUUGCACUUAGCUAAAUGUAUGUUUAUUUUAUAUUUAUUUUAUGUGUCUGUUAUGUUGCUGAGCGAGAGAAACAUUUUUGCACCAGAACAUAGAAAGUUGUAAAUUAUUUUUGUGUUGAAUCAGAUUCGGAAGGAGUUGGUGUGGGAAGUCCACUUCAACUACUUAAAUGUAAGACCAGUAUUUGUUCUAAAUUAAGAAAAACACUUAUAUGAUUGGAACAGCACAACCUCUAACUUAUCAGCGUUACUGGCACUAAGAAUCGCAAUGGGCAGUCAUUCUUUGGGUGUUUUCCAAUUGAUCUGUUAUACUUUGGGCACAUAAAUGAUGAAAUUCUGGAUUAUUUCCCCCGAGUUGACAAAGCUAUCCUCCAUGCUACCCCCCACUAUUGCUGGAAUCUCCACCGAGCCAGAUCUGUGUAUGUCCUGUAUGUGACCCUCUACCCUUCCACUAUUCAUACCCCCUAUUUGUGAACAUAUAAUUUCUUCGUAUUUAUUUAAGGAAUUUAAUAAUUUGUGGGACAGGAAGAGUUAACACGACAUAGCACAAUGUCCCCCAAGCCCUUGCAUUAUUUUAGGCUGUUGAGACGAUAGACUCAGUAUUUAUCUUCUCACAUGCAACUAGCAUCCAUGGAAAUGGUUAGCUUUGAAGGAGAUUUGGAAGGGAAUAUAAAUUACGGUUUACAGUGCCUUGGGUUCCAAAAAUGACAGCCGUAACAGAGUGAUAGGUUUUAGCUGCUCUUCGUUUUACUCUUAAUGUGCAUGACUGGUGCUAAUUUGGUUUUCUUAAUUAAUUACAGACUGACAUGGUAUUUAUGUAUAUGCACCAUGCUUUGAACCUGGUUGCAUUUACAGUACAAAUGAAGCAUCACUGCAGAGAGGUAUCACACAUAUAGAUAAUGUACAAUGACACCAGAGCAAAGGUACUCUUGGAAAAGGGUGGCAUUUUUCUAUUUUGCUUCUGAAACACUUCAGCAUUAAUCAAACUGCUGGAGGAACUAGAGUCAAGCCAAGAGUGUUUUAUUGUCAUAUGUUCUGAAACGGAACAGUGAAAUUCUUACUUGCAGCAGCACAACAGACAUGUAAACAUAGCACUCGGUAGACACUAUAAUAAACUAGGUGGGUCAAGUAACAACCAAGGAUGGGUUCCAACCCAAAACAUCAUUUGUCCAUUUCCCUCCACAUAUGUUGUGUGACCUACUGAUUUCCUCCAGCAGUUUUUUUUUUUCUCUGCUCAAGAUUGUAACAUCUGUGGUAUCUCCACUUCGGCAUGAGUAACAUCACACAAGUUUAGCGCUGACAUGACAUUGGAACCAGGUUUUGCAUGUUGAUGCUAAACUUGUAAUUUGAGUACAGCAAAGGUGUUCCUUUCUCUGGUUCUUAAUUUUUUAGUUUUUUGAGAUAACUCACUAUAUGGAGUAUGAAUUGGUUUAUUUUUUAUAAAGGGAGCAAAAAAUCUUGUUAAAAGCAAAAUAAACUUUUUAAAACAUUGCAUACUUGUAACAGUGUUACGGUUAAGGCAUGAAUUUUUCGGGUUAAAUUUAAUCGAACUAGGCUUUGUUCUUUGAGAGGGUUGGAAAACAUUGCAUUUAUAUGGUAAUGCUUAAAUCUAUGCAUUCAAAAUAUUGAAUCACGUUUGGCUGUUGAAAUCUGGCACAAAUUUCUUCUUGUCAUUGUAUUUAUUAGUGACACUUUAAACACACUAGAAGGAUUUUCCAUAUUCACUGUUUCACAUGAACGCAUUCUGAAGAAGCAUAAUUCAGAUUUUGCUCACAAACUAUUGACCAGACUAAUUAUUUUAAUGUCCUUGCAACAUCUUUAACCCACUGCACUGUAGAAAGGUCUUCCCCAUUCCUGAAGUUUGGUCUAAUUAUAAACCAACAAAAAAGUAGAAAUUUAGAUUAUUUUGUUUGUGCAAGCCUUUAAUGAGAAAAAUGUAAUUAAAGGAGUCACUUCAUCCAAACACUUUCUGCAAAAUAUUUGCACAAUUGGUGUUACUGUAGAGAGUUACAUUUAAACAGUUGCUGUAAAUAAACCCUGGCUGUUUUUCCUUUCAAUUAACUUUGAAAGACAAAUCAGACCAGAUUUAAAAGAAGCUGCUGAUUCAAAUUACAAAUUAUGAUCACAUUAUUAUCAAGCAAAAACUAUCCUAAUUACUUUUCAUAAAAACCCUUGAAGAAAUCAUGCCUUGCUUAUUGUUACUAGACAGUAAUCAUUUUUGCUGAUGUUGUUUACAUUAAUGCAUUUUACCAAGUGUUUUUGAACAAUUUGGUUCAGUGUUGUAUGGUUUUUAUCCGUGCAUUGAAUAUCUGUGAUGACAUGAUUGUAAGCAUUGAGAAUGUAUACAGUAGCCACUGACUUAAUGUCAGAUUAAAUUUUUGAAUUGAAUUUCUUGGCAGAUGUAUAUUUGAUGCUGAAUGGAGAAAAAAGAAAUUACUUGUAUUUUCUUUGCUUUGUGCAUUAAAAAUGUCUCUUUGAUUUCAUCACAUCCAUUGUAAUCAAUAACUUGGCCAUCUUGUUUUUUUAUUAAAUGCACUUACUCUUAAUUUCAUCCACCAGUGAUUUUAGGGAGAAUAAUGUUGAGUUACCUAUAUGGAUCUGACAUUAUAAAUCACUUCUUGAAACCAAAUUGUAUGGUAGUAUCGAUUGAUCCUGAUAUAUCACAGAAAUUUACUGUCACUUCUGUUUUCAAUUAAAGAUACAAUCAGUCAGAUAAUGACUUAAUUGGAUUUCACAGAAGAUUGAGUUUUAUUACCCUGUGGUUUACGAGUUUAGUUAAGAAAGACCAUUUCAUCACACUUGUCAGGCUGCAGCAAGAGUGUGCCCUAGUCCUGUGUAACAAGCAUGAGUGGUAGAGAAGCAAAGGUACGAACUGAUGUUGGGUGUUCACACUAUGCCUGUCUGUUUAAGUAUUAUUAAAAUCAAUAAAACACGUUCUGAACAGCCGGGGUGACCAGUAUU